UGAAGCUAAGAAAAAAACAAAGAAGAACAGACUUAUUUCUAUAUAAAGAAAAUGAAGACUUUCGGGUUUCUAAUGAUUUCGACCUUUCUGGUUCUUUUUGCAACUCUUCUCCCUUAUUGUUCGGCUUCAACCACCCGUCGAUUUCACUUUAAUGUUGAAUGGAAGAAGGUAACUCGAUUAUGCCACACUAAACAACUUUUAACGGUGAACGGACAAUACCCUGGGCCGGCGGUGGUGGUUCACGAAGGUGACACCGUAGAAAUCAAAGUGACUAACCGGAUUGCUCACAAUACAACUAUUCAUUGGCAUGGGUUAAGGCAAUACCGGAGCGGUUGGGCAGAUGGACCGGCUUACAUUACGCAGUGUCCAAUAAGAUCGAAACAAUCAUAUACAUAUAGGUUCAAAGUGGAAGACCAAAGAGGCACACUCCUUUGGCAUGCUCAUCACUCAUGGCAACGCGCCUCCGUCUACGGUGCCUUCAUCAUCUAUCCGCGUCAACCUUACCCAUUCUCCGGCAGCCACAUCCAAUCCGAAAUUCCCAUUAUUCUCGGUGAAUGGUGGAAUGAUGACGUAGACAAGGUAGAAAAGGAGAUGUUGAAAACAGGAGCUGGCGCUAAGGUUUCCGACGCUUACACACUUAACGGCCUUCCCGGUCCACUCUACCCUUGCUCUACCAAAGACACUUUCACGGCGAACGUGGACGCGGGAAAAACAUACAUACUCCGCAUAAUCAACGCUGCUCUAAACAACGAGCUCUUCUUCGCUAUAUCGAACCACACACUAACCGUAGUCGAAGUCGACGCGGUUUACACCAAACCGGUUCACACAAAAGCAAUCAUGAUCGCUCCUGGUCAAACCACCACCCUCCUCCUCCGCACCAACAACCAUCUCUCCGACGGCGGAGAGUUCCUCAUCGCCGCAACUCCUUACGUCACAUCCGUCUUCCCCUUCAACAACUCCACCACCGUCGGCUUCCUCCGCUACAACACCAACGACAAAACCAAACCGGCAAACCAUCUCAACAACCGACGCCGGUUAACCAAAACGACGCUGUCUACUCGCGCGGUGCUCCCUGACAUGCUUGACACGAAGUUCGCGACGAGAUUCUCCGACAGCAUCAAGAGCCUCGGGUCGGAUAAGUACCCCUGCAAAGUCCCGACCGCGAUCGACAAGCGCGUGGUCACCACGAUCAGCCUCAACCUCCAAAACUGCCCUGAGAAUCAAACUUGUUCCGGAUACGACGGGAAGAGAUUCUUCGCGUCGAUGAACAACGUCUCGUUCAUCAGACCCCCCAUCUCAAUCCUAGAGAGCUACUACAGGAAACAGAGCAGAGGUGUGUUCACGCUCGACUUCCCGGAGAAACCGCCGAGCAGAUUCGACUUCACGGGAGUCAACCCCGUGUCGGAGAACAUGAACACCGAGUUCGGGACCAAGCUCUUCGAGGUGGACUUCGGAGCGAGGCUGGAGAUCGUGUUCCAAGGGACGAGUUUCUUGAACGUCGAGAACCAUCCGCUGCACGUGCACGGACACAACUUCUUCGUGGUCGGGAGAGGGUUCGGGAACUUCGACGAAGAGAAGGAUCCGGUUAGGUACAACUUGGUGGAUCCGCCGGAGAGGAACACGAUCGCCGUGCCGACGGGAGGGUGGGCGGCGAUCAGGAUAAACGCGGAUAAUCCGGGAGUUUGGUUUAUUCACUGUCAUCUCGAGCAGCAUACCUCUUGGGGGUUGGCUAUGGGCUUUAUCGUUAAAGAUGGGCCUCUUCCUUCGCAGACUCUGCUUCGUCCUCCUCGUGAUCUUCCCAAGUGUUGAAGAGUGUUCGGCAAGGUAGGUCGUUUUUUAGAUACAAAUAAAUGGUUGUGUUUUUCGCUCAAAGGCUUUUGAGUGUUCAGCAAGUUAGGUUUGUUGUUUAGGGUUUUGCUUUAUGUAUUUGAGUGUUUAGAUAUAAAUAAAUGGUUGUUAUUUUCUUUCAAUU